UGACUGAUUGUGAUUACACACUAUUAGCAAAUGGCAUUUAGAAUCAUAACAAAAACACUCAAAUCUAUUAAAUCAACCCCAUUUCAAUGUCCUAAUUUCUCAUCAUCAAUCUGCACCCACUCAAAUCUUUUUCAAAAAUAUGGAUUUCCAUCUAAAAAUCUUGAUACUUUCUUAAAGAACAAUCAAUUUUUACUCAAUUCAAGCAUUACCCAGAUAGAAAAGUCAUUAAAAAUCCUAUCUUUAUUCUCAUCCUCAAACAAUUUUCUUGUUUCCAUUGUAUAUAACUGUCCUAGGGUUUUAGAUAUCAAUUUUCUUGAAAAAUGGCAUCUGGGUUUUUCUAAAUUAGGGUUUUUGGAAAACCCCAAUUUGAUUCAGAACAUUUUAGAAGUUUCUAGAAGAUUUGAGCUGUACCCAGAUGAUGUUUUGAAAAGUUUUGAGUGUUUAAGGGGUUUUAGGUUUAGUUUAGGGACUAUAAUUAGGGUUUUAGAGGAAUACCCUUUGGUUAUUAAUAUGAAUGAAGAACAAAUUUGGAAAAAAGUUGAGUUCUUGGUAGGAAUUGGAAUUCAUAGAAGUAAGAUAGAUUCGAUUAUUUAUCGUUAUCCGAAGAUUUUGGGAUUUGGGGUUGAGAAUAAGUUGAAGCCCUUGGUUUGUGAGUUUACAGAAAUGGGCUUUAGUCCUAAUGAGAUUAGGGAAGAGAUUGUUAGGAACCCGGAAAUUUUGAGGGCGGAAGUUGGAGAGUUGUCUAAGUGUUUGAGAAUGGUGAAUAGUCUGAAAUGUAGGGUGCCGGUUAAAGAAAAGAUUUUAAAAGAUGGGCUCUUUAGGGCUGUGUAUGAAGUUAAGUUGAGAAUUGAUAGUUUGCAUAAGCAUGGGUUGGCGUAUAGAGAUGCGUUUAGUGUAUUGUGGAGAGAGCCGAGGGUGAUUUUGUAUGAGUUGAAUGAAAUUGAUGAAAAGAUCGAGUUUUUAGUGAACACAAUGAGGUUUGAUGUUAUGUGUUUGGUUGAAGUUCCGAAAUAUUUAGGGGUACAUUUCGAGAAACAGAUUGUUCCUCGAUAUAAUGUGAUUGAGCAUUUGAGAUCAAAAGGUGGGAUUGGUGAUGAGGUGGGAUUGAGGUCUUUGGUUAAGUUUAGUAGGUUGAGAUUUUAUAAUCUUUAUGUGAAGCCUUAUCCUGAGUGUGAAAAGAUAUAUGGGAGGUUUGUAGAUGUUAAGGUUAGGAGCCGGCAUCCAGAAGGAUUGUGGAAGCUUUUUCAGCCUCCGAAGUAUCCAGAUUCAAAGGCAGAUGUGAAGAACAUCAAGUCUUUUAUGGAACAACUUCGAUGAGGGAGAAACCUAGAGGUGGCACUUUCAACCUAUUUGUAUAGAAACAGGUCAAUGCGGGCUGUAUUUGUUUUGGUGGGUUUACUCAAUUCAACCGACCUGUUUAAGCACACGCAGAACCGUAGAGAAGUUACAUGUUUUGAACCUGACCCAACUUGCCUCGUCUCCCGUUUCGCAACCUCUAGAAAAACCAUAUUACUGCAAGGAUUAUGCAAAGAUUUGGAAGAUUUGUUUUUGGCUUCCAGUACUUGAGUUAACAAAUGAUUGGAGACCUGCAACAAUGAUCAACAGCAGAUCACAUGGAUGGUCUUUGUAAAUAUAAUCAAAUUGUUUUCUCUCGAAUUUUCCCAAUCUCUUGUAACUUUGACAGUGGGUCACUUCUUCUGUGGCCUGCAAAAUCAAGUUCCUUUGCAGACAAACUAUCAGGACAGAACAUUCAUUUAGUAUAUUAAUUAGCACUCAAUAUAGUGUUUUACUUUCAUAUUACAAUGUAAUGUUGAUGUUUUAUACGAGGAUAUAGAUGAAAUUCUUCUUAUCA